GAUAUAUUUAUAUAGUGGCAGAUCCAGUGUUAUAUUGGAAAGAACCUGGAAUCCUUGACACACUGUUCCCUAUAUAUUUUAUUGAAAAAAACAAUAACGACGACAUAGAAAUUUUUUUUGUUAAUCAUAUGGCCCGAGGCACGUGGUUUGAUAUUAUACUCUCACUUUCUUCUUCCGAUUAAGUGAAAGAGAGUCCAAAACAUUUUUUCCAUAUCGGGUGAAAUCAAGAUUGACGCAACGUCGCGGCUUAAAGUCAAGUUCACUUUUACUUUUUCGGUUAAAAAUUUGUAGUUUCGUGGGUUCCCUCCGUGGUGCCGCAACUACGACCAUCGAUAAAUACUUUAAGCGCACUAAUUUUGGGAGGGCGUAAAAUGAAAGUGCGAACGAUUACUUCUGUAAUAAUAAUUAUAACAGUUAUUUGCAUUAUUGUGGGGAUUGAUGGCUUAAUUCAUGAGCGGCGACCCGAUUUGAUGAAUAAUUCGUCCAGGCAAAGCAGGAUUUUCUUUAACCUUCUGGGACUCCCCGGUAUUUUCGGUGCAGGGGGGAGCGAUUCGAUAUCAGACGAUUUGGACUUUGACGACGACGAAUCGGCGAAUAGUAGCGAUGAUUCGGGGAAGACCAGAAACUGCACUUGUGAAUGCGGUUUAUCGAACCACGAAAACCGAAUAGUAGGCGGACGACCCACCGGGGUCAACCACUACCCUUGGAUCGCUCGGAUCGUCUAUGACGGACGUUUUCAAUGCGGAGCUUCGUUGGUCUCCGAAAGUUACGUCAUAACCGCUGCCCAUUGCGUGCGAAAACUAAAACGAUCGAAAAUCAGAGUGAUCCUCGGCGACCACGACAUGUCAACGACCGCGGACGUUCCGGCAAAAAUGCGAGCCGUAUCCGCCAUAAUCAGGCACCGGAACUUCGAUACCGAUACCUACAAUCACGAUAUCGCUUUGCUUAAAUUGAGGAAAAAAGUUGACUUUAGUAGCAGUAUCAGGCCCAUCUGUUUACCAGCAAAUCGUGAUCCGGCAGGAAAAGUGGGCACAGUAGUGGGUUGGGGCCGCACCAGCGAAGGCGGAUCCCUACCGAACGUGGUGCAAGAAGUCCAAGUGCCCAUUUUGACUUUGAGCCAGUGCAGGGCGAUGAAAUAUCGCGCCGCCAAGAUCACCACGUACAUGCUGUGCGCCGGAAAAGGGGCCCAGGAUUCCUGUCAAGGGGACAGCGGGGGGCCCCUUUUGGUCCACAACGGAGACAAAUAUGAAAUUGUCGGGAUCGUUUCGUGGGGGGUGGGCUGUGGUAGACCCGGAUAUCCGGGAGUCUACACCAGGGUGGCCAGAUACUUGAACUGGCUGAGAAUUAAUAUUGAAGACGAGUGUAUUUGUAGCUGAUAUAGACGAGGGCAGUAAUAAAGACUAUUUAUUUAUUUAUUUAAAAAAUAAAAGGUGUUUAAUAUAUUAA